AUGGGUUCUUGGGUUUCGACUCCGGAGAAGUCAGAGGAGCGAAAAAUGACUGAAGAAGAUCGCAACAGGAGGCGGAACUUAGAGAAGCAACUCCAGAAGAUGCUAAACAGCUUGAAGGUGACUGCCACAACUCACUACAUCCUGUCAGAGCAUUACAGAACAAGGGAUGUUUAUCUUCAGCGCGUGUCUUACUUCACGGCAUUAUUUGGAACUUCAGGCAGCGUUGGAUCGAAACUAGCGUGGAAUGCCCUCGUUGCGAAGAGUCCUCGUCUCGCAGCCGCAGUGGCUGCCCUCUCGGUAACAUCACUCAUGUUCACAGUUGCAGUAAAUAUUCGGCCUCCCUUUCCAAACAUGCCGGGUGGUCUUCAUCAGCUACACUUUAAAUCAGGGAUUGAGUGUCAGUAUCUUCAGAGGAAAGUGCAGUUUUUUGCUGAUAGUGACGUGUGGUAUUCGUCUGUAGCCUGGGAGACUCUUGCAUCAAGGUAUGAGAAUUUGCUCAAGGAAAAGAAAGAGAUAAAUAGCAGAAUACAAACGGAGGAAUGGGCUCACCGUAAGGCCUUAAAAAGGAUCGAGGAGCGAGAGAAAGAAAAAAUGCAGAAAGAAUGA